AACAUAAUAGAAGAUGGCUCCACACCUCAAAAACCCCAAUCUUUUGCAAAAAAAGUCGUUCAUAAACGGAGAAUGGUUUGAGUCCAAAUCCACUAAAACCUUCAAGAUCCAUGAUCCAGCAUCAGGUGAAUUCAUUGCCGAGCUCACCGAUUUAUUGCCUGAAGAAAUCGAGUAUGCCAUCAAAAUCACCCAUGAAUCUUAUGAGCUCUACAAGAAGACCAAUCCUUAUGACAGAUCGAAAUGGUUGAGAAACUUGUACAAUUUGAUGAUGGAAAAUAUCGACGAUUUAGCCAAGAUCUUAACUUGGGAAAACGGUAAGCCAUUGGCUGAAGCUCUUGGUGAGAUUAAGUACGCCGCUUCAUACUUUGAAUGGUUUGCUGAAGAAGCAAAAAGAAUAUAUGGACACACUAUCCAACCAGCUAACCAAGGUAACAAAAUCGUGACGUUGAAGCAGCCUAUUGGUCCUGUAGCAUUGAUGACUCCCUUCAACUUUCCAAGUGCUAUGAUCAGCAGAAAAGCUGCCCCCGCUUUAGCUGUAGGCUGUACCACCAUUUCUAAGCCUGAUUAUCAAGUCCCACUUUCAUGUUUGGCUUUGGCUUAUUUGGCAGACCAAGCUGGUUUCCCACCAGGAGCUUUCAACGUUAUAUUAUCAUCUGCUCAAAGUACUCCAGUUUCUGGUUUGCAGUUAUGUGAAUCCCCAUUGAUCAAGAAGAUUUCUUUUACCGGAUCCACGGCUGUUGGAAAACUUUUGAUGAAGCAAUCUGCUUCCACGUUGAAGAAGUUAUCUUUUGAAUUGGGUGGAAAUGCUCCAAUCAUUGUGUUUGAUGAUGCUAAGUUGGAUAAAGCCGUCACCCAAGCAAUUGGUUCUAAAUUCAGAUCUUUGGGCCAGACGUGUGUUUGUGCCAACAGAAUAUAUGUCCAGUCGGGCGUCUAUGACGAAUUCGUAAAGAAGUUUGUCGAGAAGGUAAAGGCUUUCAAAAUCGGGCAUGGGUUUGAUGAGGAAGUAACUCACACUUGUUUGAUCAACGAAAGAUCUGUGGCCAAAGUCAAAGGUCACGUCGAAGAUGCCAUUUCUAAAGGGGCCAAAUAUGCCCUUGAAGGUGGUGAAUUACCACAUCUUGGUCCUCAUUAUUAUUCUCCUACUGUGUUAACUGGUGUUACUCAAGAUAUGAAGGUGGCCAAAGAAGAAACGUUCGGUCCAUUGGCAGCAAUUAUCAAAUUCGACACUGAAAAGGAAGCCAUCGGCUACUGUAACGACUCUGAAUUCGGAUUGGCUGCUUAUGUGUUCUCGGAAAACAUUAACACUUGUUGGACGUUCUCUGAGGCAUUAGAGGUGGGAAUGGUUGCUGUCAAUGUUGGUGUAUUCACUGAAGCUGCCGUACCUUUUGGAGGUGUUAAAGAAUCUGGAUUUGGAAGAGAAGGUUCAUUGUAUGGAGUCGACGACUACACGGUGGUCAAGUCCAUCAUUAUUGGUGAUGUCUAUAGUUAGUUGGAGUAAUGAAAUUUCGCAACCUUUGUUGCCGCAACCACUUACCGCAUUAGGGUCGCACGUA